GAGAGUCAACAACAAUAAAGAUUGCUUCACACAUCUACGCAGCUCACUGCUCGCCCACCUCAAGAAGCGAUCCGACUCCAUGGCACCUAGCUGACGUCGUUUCAGAAGCCCAGAGCAGCACAAAGACGGCGGAACCUCCAUUGAAUCCUACUCCGAGGACGCGUAGGGAAUGCUACGCCACGAUGGCAGGAGCACCACCAACACGGCGGCUGAAGCACAGCGACUACACAGUAGCAAUCAUAUGUCCGCUCGAGGUCGAGAUGAGUGCUGUGAGGUACAUGUUGGACCAGGAGCAUGCUCGGCUCCCUAAAAGAGAGGGAGAUCCAAACAGCUACAUCUUCGGGGAGAUGGGCGGACGAAACGUUGUAAUCGGGUACUUGCCUGAAGGGUUCCAAGGCAUUGGCGCUGCCACCGCGGUUGCAACGCAUAUGCAGCGAAGUUUUCUGUCUGCCAAAUUGCGUUUACUCGUCGGUAUAGGCGGAGGUAUACCUAGCACGAUCCACGAUAUCCGGCUAGGUGAUGUUGUCAUCGGGAUGCCGGAGAGCGAACACGGUGGUGUGGUUCAGUAUGAUCUAGGAAAGGAGUCGAUUACGGGCUUCAUUCGUAAGGGUCAUCUUGACAAGCCUCCACAAGAAUGGAUGACCGCAAUUGUCAAGAUGAAAUCGGACCACCGCGUGGUCGAUAAUAAGAUAUCGACCAUUGUGGCCUCGUCACGAGGGAAGUCUUCCGGAUUGGAUGAAGUGUAUACGCCUCCGAAGCCAGAAACCGAUAUUCGCUCUCCAAGUAACAGCAGACACAGCUACCUAUCUGGUCACAAUGGAUGUGAAAAAUGCGAAGAGAAGGUACCAGUCCUCACGUCGGCUCGUGCAUCGAAUGAGCCAGCAAUCUUUUAUGGGACAAUUGCAUCCGGUGACCGCGUCGUCAAGAGUGGUAAGAUCAGAGACAGAAUCAGUAAAGACAUCGGCGGCGCUCUCUGUUUCGAAAUGGAAGCAGCUGGCUUGGUGAACAACUUCCGCUGUGUUGUGAUUCGGGGCAUCGCCGACUACGCCGACGCCCACAAGAAUGAUGAUUGGCAUCCCUGGGCAGCGGCUACUGCGGCAGCGUGUGCAAAAGAGCUUCUGGGCUAUAUGAUGCCUGUUGAUGACUCCGGGAAACCAAAAUACUCCACGAUACCAAAGCUCCGAGUCAAAGACUUUAUUGGUCGAGAGCAGCAAAUAUCCGAGAUCAUGGCUUUUUUCGCCGCUGCUCGAAGUGUUGACGGGUGUCGAAUCUUGAUUCUGUCAGCAAUGGGAGGCCAAGGCAAAAGCCAGAUUGCUCUCGAAUACUGUCGCCGGAUGCAAAGCGUCUACCAAGGGUUAUUUUGGGUGGAUGCCAGUUCUCAAUCGACAACAGUCCGCUCGUUAGUACGUAUUGCCGAAGUACUUGAUGUGUCGGCCGCCGCUUCAAGGAGCGAUGAUGAAAAUGUUCAAUUCGUCCUAGAUAUGGCAGCGAACUGUGAUGGACGCUGGUUGGUGGUCUUUGAUAACUAUGACGACCCAAUAGGUUUCCCGCGGGUGAAAGAUUUUAUCCCCGAAGGGACAGAGAUUCUUUUCACUUCCCGGCACAAGGAUCUGGACCGCUUAGGAGAAGUGCUAUCUGUCCCAUCCCUACUGCCGGAUGAGGAGGCACGGCUCUUGUUCAGGAACUUUAAGAACACUGACACCCAGAGAUAUCAACCAGCAGCUCAACAACUUGUUGAUCGCCUUGGACAUCUCGCCUUAGCCAUUGACCAGGCUGCUGCUUACAUUCAGUACCGUCGGAUCAAGCUCGAAGACCUCGGGGAUUUUGUAGAGACAUUCGACAAGGAGCGCGAAAAGAUCCUGAAGUACAUACCCAGGGACUUUUGGGAAUAUGGGUCCCAAGAAACGCAGAACGACAUUGAGCGAAAAUCCCUGUCGGCCUUUACCACAUGGGAAAUGUCCUUCCACCAACUAUGCAGGGAGAAUCACGCUCAAGAGGAGGACAUUGCUCACUUUCUGACCAUAUCCGCCUAUCUAGCGCCUAUUCCCAUCGAUGAAUGGCUCUUCCACAAUGUUUGGAAAGUGAGAACACGGGGGGCCAGAAGACAUCCGCCUCGUUGGAUGCAUUUGUUCAACGCCGAGACAGAAGGCGAGAGCAACUUUGAAUCCGCGUCUCGUUCUGCUGGCGAACAGACGGGAACUUCUGAAUGCGUGGGAGGUGUCAUGGAACAUAGCAAGAAAUCUGACUGGGACACCACCAAGUUCUGGGAUCUAAUUGAACGAGCCGAAAGCCUUUCGCUGGUACAGAACGCUUCAACAGAUCCAGAGCUGAAGAUGACCAAAUUCACCUUCCAUCCGCUGAUUCGCGAUUGGCUCCAACUGAGACAGCAAACUGAGAAGCGUCGCGGAUUCACUAAAGAAACCAUCCGGCUGGUUGGCGAUUCAAUACGCACCAUUCGGCGCGAAAACAACGUUGUUACGAAUAUUAAGCAAACACUUGUUCUUCAUAUGGAUGCCAGCCUCCAGAAUGACGCAGUUUUUUCGGGAGAAGGGCGACGGCUCGGCCAAGAAGACAAUGGCCAAGAUGGAGCUGAUUUAUUUGCAUGGCUAUAUAAUGAACAGGGUCGAUACGAUAGUAGCUUCGAAUUGUUGAACGUGGUCCGUCAAACAAGGGAAGUGCAACUUGGCCCUGCGCAUAAAAAAACUUUGAUAGUCAUCUUCAGUCAGGGCACAGUACUGUUACAACAGUCCAAAUACUCUGCGGCGGAGCGACUAUCGAGGAAUCUCUUGGCUACUCAACAGGGAGUCCUUGGGCCUGAGCAUAGGGACGUCCUCAAAACUAGGCACAUGCUAGCAGACUCACUUAGCGGGCAAGACAAACCUCAGGAGGCAGAAGCGCUUCUCAGAGAGGUUCUCACUGUUUACCAGACGCUCCUGGACGAGCAAAGCUGGGAGCGACUGUCAGCCAUGAACUCUCUGGCAUUAUCAUUGAGACGGCAGCACAAGCUGGAAGAAGCCGAGGAAGUGUUCCAGGAGGUCUAUCAAAUACGGCAACGAGUACUCGAUCCUGACGAUGUAGAUAUGAUGAUGACGAAGUUUAACUUGGCCCUGACUGUGUCCGAGCGGGGUCGGACUCAGGAAGCGCGACAGAUGCUUGAAGAAGUCCUCGAGGCUCUGAUAAGGGUGUUGGGUCCUACCCACCCUGAUGCUUUACAUAUCAGGACUCACCUGGCGUCAGUGCUGAAAAGGCAAGGGAAGAACGCAGAAGCCGAAGGGAUGUGUAGGGAUGUACUGGAAAUUCAGGAAAGAGUGCUCGGGAAAGACUACCGGGCCACCCUCUGGACUGCGAAUGAACUCGCUGUCAUGGCGUAUGAUCAAGGCCGGCUUGACGAAGCCGAGCCUAUUUUCCGCGAUGUUCUUGAGCGCCAAACGAGGGUUUUUGGGCCGGGGCAUCGCGACACCUUGAUCACGAUGGGAAGUCUCGGGUGUCUUUUGAUGGAUCGAUCCUGCUUCGUCGAAGCAUAUGACCUGUUGGACAAAGCUCUGCCUGGCUUUGCGCGCGCAUUCGGGCCAGAUCACAAAGACACAGUGUAUUUUCGACGGCGAUAUGAGCGGCUGCUGGAGUUGAUGGGAAGACAGGGACAUCCCGACCAGCAGCCAUCAUCGCGAUCGUGGACAUGUUCCAGAGCAGAGGGAUCAGCUCGCGUCGACUCCCGAGUCCCCUUCCAACCUUGUCCACUGGCUCCUGAGUCACUUGUCAAUGCUUCGAGGGCCGGGUGA